CUCACGGCCUAUCGAUAUUAGUCGAGUUUCGGCCAUCGCUGGCGCACACACACACACCCACACACUUCUCUUAAUUUAGCUAAAGCCGAAUAGAAAAAGAACAAAACCAGUUUUUUUUUGGGACCCAUUUGUGUUGUUGGUGCUGUUCUGUACGAAUAAAAGGCCACGCGAUGAUAAGCUUUCUGUUCAUUGUAAAUCGGGCGCUCAGCAGCAGCAGCAGCGUUAGCAGCAGUGCGGCGUCCUUAACAAGAAGCAAGAACAAGAUGAGCGCCCCCGGACCACGCCCCCUCGUCUUAUGCGGACCCUCGGGCUCCGGGAAAAGUACACUGCUAAAAAGGCUGUUCGCCGAAUUCCCCAACACCUUUGGCUUCAGCAUAUCGCACACCACGCGGAAGCCACGCGAGGGCGAGGAGCACGGGGUGCACUACUACUUUGUGGAACGGCCGGAAAUGGAGGCAGCCAUCGCCGGCGACGAGUUCAUCGAGACGGCCGAGUUUACGGGCAAUCUGUAUGGCACGAGCAAGGCGGCGGUUAGGGAGAUACAGGCGCAGGGGCGAGUCUGCAUACUGGACAUCGAACAGAAGGGUGUGGAGCAGAUACGUCGCACGGAUCUCCAUCCCAUACUGAUCUUCAACAAUCCGCCGAGCAUCAAGGAGCUGGAACGGCGACUACGCCAGCGUGGCUCCGAAACGGAGGAGUCGCUGGCCAAGCGGCUCAAUGCCGCCCAGGUGGAACUCGACUAUGGCCUGACGCCGGGCAACUUUCACAAGAUCAUCAACAACGUGGACAUCGAUGUGGCCUACGAGGAGUUCCGCAACUUUGUCGUCCAGGAGCUCAAGGAGCAGGAGAAGCAGGGAGUAUCAGUUAGCCUGAAGUAAGGCCAAGCAUCUUGCGUAUGCUGGUGCAAUGAUAUUAACCUCAAUACGGGUGGUUUGUGACUGAUCGUCGUCAGGGAAAGUAACUUAUGGAAUGCUGGUCAUUGGAAACUGCAGGUCGUUGUGGAUAAGCUGCAAACCUAUAGGAAAACCAGGUACUCUUUAUAUUUAUUGUAAAGAUUAGGCUAUAAGAUACUCAGAAGAUACAGAAUAGCAAACUUCACAUUCUUCGUCUUCUUAAAUGAAAUAGAGAAUAUCGUCUUCUUAAAUGAAAUAGAGAAUAUUAGUCUUCUUAAAUGAAAUAGAGAAUAUUCGUCUUCUUAAAUAAAAAAGAGAAUAUUCGUCUUCUUAAAUGAAAUAGAGAAUAUUCGUCUUCAUAAAUGAAAUGAGAAUAUUCGUCUUCUUAAAUGAAACAGAAAAUAAUACUCUUAACCAAUAAUCAUCACGUAUAUAAGAGCAAUAUCAACAUUUUAGUUGUAUGUAGAAACAGACUAUUUUUGAAUUCUAGGACAAACUUGCUUAUAUUUUAAAUCAAUCGUUUUAAUAAGCUAAUGGAGAAGUGAAAUACUUUCUCAGCAGCAGAAUAUUAGUAAACAAUUGCAAGAAACACCGCCAAACGUGAACCAGUUAGCGCAGCGAACUUGACCCAAAGUUUCCAUUAAAUGUACACCAUAGAUUACUUUCCGUGACCCCGAUUCCUGAGGCACCCACCCUGAAAACCAACGUUGACUAAUGGCAUUUAUACUUAAGAAAUGGCUUGUAUUUAUUAUUCUCCUCCUGUCCACCUCACUGUUGUGCAAAUUCGUUGUUCUAGUUGUAAUCUUAAGCUGAAAGUUGUUGCGCCGCUUCACGGUCGAGAAAACCGGAGAAGGCGAUUAAAGUGGAAUCAAUAAAGCGAACAGUAUGCGGGUAUAUUGUA